AUGAAUUAUUUAAUUUUUAAUAUUUUAUUUUUAUCAAUUUUUAUAAUAUUUUUAAAAAAUUCUGUCGCUUUUGAAAAACUUUAUUCUGAGGAUAUAUUUGGGCUUUGUAAUUAUAAGGAAAAUUCUGAAUGUUUAAAUUCAUUAUUUAAUUUAACGGAUUCAAACAGCAAUGGACGUAUUUCUUUUUGGGAAUUUAUAAAUACCUUCAUUAUUACUCAUCAACUUUCGAGCGCCCAUAUUUCCCGAGCUUAUAAAUCCAAAGAACUUCAAAAUUAUUUUGAUUUGGCUGAUAAAGAUAAAAAUGGAUAUUUAGAUGAAGUGGAAUUUCAGGAAGGAGUUAUCGAGCAUAAAGACACUUCUUCAAUUUAUAAAAUAUAUUUUGAAAUAAUUGAUGAGGAUGGAAAUGCAAAAAUAGAUUAUGAGGAAAUGGUGGAUAUAUUUGCUGCUAAAGAAGAUAUGAGUUAUCAAGAGAGAAAUAAUUUAGUUAAUGAUAAAACAAUGAAGGAAUUGUUUGAUAAAAAGGAUAAAAAUAAAGAUGGAGUAAUUGAUAUUGAAGAAUAUAUCUUUGAGAGUGAUUUUAAUGAAAUUAAUUUAACAACAGAGAAGCCAAAAACAACACAACAAUUAAUUAAAUUAAGAAAAGAACAAAAUUACCCGAAUAUAGAGGAGUUUAAUAGAAAAACAGAUGAAAUUAAAUAUUUUGAAGAAAAAAUGAAAAUAUUAUCAGAAUCGUCAACAGAUUUAAAUAACAAUAAUAAAGAAGAUAAAUUGCCAAUAAUUUUUGAAUUAUUUACUAAAAAACCAGAAAUAAUUAAAAAAUCUGAAAAUAUUAAAAUAAUUAAAGAUCAAAAUAUUAAAAAAGAACCAUCUUUGACAACUACAACAACAGAAACAAUUAUUGAUGAUCAUAUAUUAAAUUGGAUUUAUUAUGGAGGUGAAAUUAAAACUAGUACAUCUCCCCCACAACCAACACCAACUACAUCUACUUUUAUUUCUUCCAAUAAAAAUUCUUUAUUACAAUUAGAAUUAUCGUUUUUGUGGGAAGAUGGAAAUUUUGAUGAAAAGCUUAGUUUUGAUGAAUUUAUUUCUUUUAUGGCCAAUCAAUUAAAUUUAAAUGGAGAAGCGAAAAAAGAAUUAUUUAAUUCCUAUGCUCUUAAAUUGUUUUUCAAUAUAAUGGAUGUGAAUAACGAUAAUCAAUUAACUUUAAAUGAAUUUAAAUCGGCUUUAUUUGAAAAACACCAAACAACAAAAACUACAAUUUUACAAGAAAUAUUUAAUGUUUUGGACCUAAACAAAGAUGGAAAAUGGGAAUUUACAGAAUUUACUGAUUUAUUAAUUAUAUUUUUUGAGGCAGAAAAAAUUGAAGGGUUACGUGAAUAUUUACUAAAUGACGAGGAAUUUAAAGAAUAUUUUUUGAAAGGAGAUAAAAAUGGAGAUGGAUAUUUUACAUUUAAUGAAUUAGUUAAAAAUAAUUAA